GAGAUCUGCGUGUGGCCGUCAGAGCGUCUUCGCGGUUGCCCUUAGGGACCGUAGGGGCCAGCCGGGGGCGGGUGCCCGGAGCGCCGCAGAUGGCCAGCCAGCCGGAGAUGCGCAGCUCGGGCCUGCGAGUCCUGGAAGAAGCACUGGGCAUGGGUUUGACGGCCGCCCGAGACACGGCGGAGGCGGUGGCCGCCGAGGGCGCCUACUACCUGGAGCAAGUUGCCAUAACUGAAGCAUCUGAAGAUGAUUAUGAAUAUGAAGAGAUAACAGAUGACAAUUUUAGUAUUCCAGAAGGUGAUGAAGAUCUGGCAAAAGCAAUUCAGAUGGUUCACGAACAGGCUAUAGAUACUCAAAUUUUGGAGCAGAAAACAGUCCUUCCGUCAAGGCAUGCAGUACCUGAAGUAAUAGAAGAUUUUCUCUGCAAUUUCCUGAUCAAAAUGGGAAUGACCAGAACUCUUGACUGCUUUCAGUCUGAAUGGUAUGAAUUAAUACAGAAGGGAGUAACGGAACUUAGGGUUGUUGGAACUGUUCCAGAUGUCUAUACUCAGAUUAUGUUUUUAGAAGCUGAGAACAAGAAUUUAAAGAAAGACUUGAAGCACUACAAACAGGCAACUGACAAAGCUAGAGAAGAUCUGCUGAAAACUCAGAAAGAACGUGAUUUUCAUCGGAUGCAUCAUAAGCGAAUAGUCCAGGAAAAAAACAAAUUAAUUAAUGACCUCAAAGGGUUGAAGUUACAUUAUGCAUCUUAUGAACCAACUAUAAGGGUGUUACAUGAGAAGCACCACAGUUUACUGAAGCAGAAAAUGCUGACCACCUUGGAAAGAGACAGAGCAAUUGGGAAGGUUUUUGGACUAAAAGAAACCUUGAGAAGUGUGGAAUUAGGACGUAAUUUUCGUGUUCCUGAAAUUAAAGCUGCUUACAAUUGUGAAAGUGAAAAUACACCAGAAGGUCCUACUCAGAAAAGUCUGCGUGAAGCUAGAGAACAAAACAAAUGUAAAACAAAGAUGGAAGAAAGUGUAAAGGAUUCAGAAUUUCCCAUGGAUAUACAACCAAAUCCAAACCUGAAUUUAUGCAAAGAAAAUCUUCCCCCAGCAAAAUUUGACUACAAGCUGAAUAACGUUUUUAGAAUUCAUGAACUUCCAGUGAGCUGCAUCAUCAUGCAUCCCUGCAAAGACAGCCUAGUCACCUGUGGUGAGGACCGCUUCUGGAAGGUGGUGAGCCUCCCAGACGGCAAUGUGCUUCUCACGGGAAUUGGCCACACCGACUGGCUCUCCGCCUGCUGCUUCCAUCCCAGUGGCAACAAGUUGGCUACCGCAAGUGGUGAUACUACAGUUAAAUUAUGGGACCUAUCCAAAGGCAAUUGCAUUUUGACCUUGGAAGGACACAACCAUGCAGUGUGGUCCUGCACAUGGCACUCCUGUGGCAAUUUUGUGGCUUCUUCCUCACUGGAUACAACUAGUAAAAUCUGGGAUGUUAACAGUGAAAAAUGCAGAUCUACUUUGUAUGGACAUACGGAUUCUGUGAACAGCAUUGAGUUUUUUCCUUUCUCCAACACGCUCCUCACAGGUUCUGCUGACAAGUCCUUGUCCAUAUGGGAUGCAAGAACCAAUAAAUGUGAGCAGUCACUUUAUGGUCACAUGCAUUCUAUCAAUGAUGCCACCUUCUCUCCUAGGGGUCACAUGAUAGCAUCUUGUGAUGCCUGUGGAGUUAUAAAACUAUGGGACUUUCGGAAGCUGUUACCAAUUGUGUCCAUCGAUGUAGGUCCAAGUCCUGCCAAUGAAGUGAAGUUUGAUUCAACAGGUCGAGUUUUAGCUGAAGCGAGUGGCAAUGGAGUUAUCCAUUUACUAGAUCUUAAAUCUGGGCAGAUUCACAAAUUGAUGGGCCACGAGAGUGAGGCGCACACGGUGGCGUUUUCUCAUGACGGGGAGAAUCUGUUUUCCGGAGGCGCUGACGGCUCGGUUAGAACGUGGUCUUGACUGUCAGCAUAUCCCACUGCAGAGGGUAUUCCCUUUAAAGCCUGAAAAUGUCUCAUGUAGUCCCAAACCAGUAAAUAACUAAUUAAAUAUGCCAGCAGGUAACAUUUAUUAUUUGCCUUAAAAUAUACUUUGGACAUAUAUUUUAGUGCUUAUGCUGUUACCAAUAAAAUAACUUU